CGCCCCAGCCCGGAGCGGGCUCCUGCCUCACAAAGGUGGACACCGACGUCACCGGCCGUCCGCGCCCACGGUGGGGCCGGCCUUGCUCCGACUCUGCUCUCAUCGGCUUGCGGUUCCGAUGGAGGGCUGCAAGAGACCCCAGGGUCAUUGGGUCCAACUCCCUCAUCUUAUGAAAAGGUGAAGUACUGUGUCCACUACCUCCUGAGGCAUGACCGAACUGAGAGGCUUGUGACCUAGCUACCUCCUACUGUUUGCCUUCUCCUGUGACCUCAGUGGAAGCUCGUUUCCAUCCAACCAUCUCCUCCUUCUGCCAUCUACGGUUCAUAGGCUGAAGAUCCCUUCUGAAGAUCUGGUUUGUUCUGCCACUCAAGAUGAGAGGGGUUCUUCUUCAACCUGCAGAGAUGAACCUCAUGGACAUCAGUAAGAUAUUCUCCCUGCUGCAACAGCCCGACGAGGAAGACAAUGCUGGUGAGAAGCAGGAGCUGAACCAAAUUGUCUGUGACAACGAUGCCAGCACCCUAGACCAGCUCCUUCACCAGAAGCGCUACAAGCGCUUCAUCAACAGCCGCAGCGGCUGGGGUGUGCCAGGUACCCUGCUCCGACUGGCUGCCUCUCGUGGCCACCUUAGCUGCCUGGAAGUUCUCCUGGCCCAUGGGGCAGAGGUGGACUGCCUGGAUGUUAAGGCCCAGACACCCCUGUUCACUGCGGUCAGCCAUGGGCACUUGGACUGUGUUCGGGUCCUGCUGAAGGCUGGGGCCAGCCCCGGGGGCAGCAUCUAUAACAACAGCUCCCCGGUUCUCACAGCUGCUCGGAAUGGUGCCAGUGAGAUUCUGAGGGAGCUCCUGGACCAUGGAGCAGAUGCCAACGUCAAGGGUCGGGCGCCUGAGUGGGCUUCCAACAUUGCCUCCUGCUCCGGGCCUCUCUACCUGUCAGCUGUCUACGGCCAUCUCGAGUGCUUCCGCCUUCUCCUGCUGUAUGGCGCUGACCCUGACUACAACUGCACAGAUAGACAGCUGCUUUCCCGAGUGACCAAGCCACGCACACUGCUCGAAUUCUGCCUCCAGCACAACUGCCCAUUGGAGUACAUUCAGCUGCUUGUAGAUUUUGGGGCCAAUGUCUAUCUCCCAUCUCUGCCCCUGGAGAAGAUCGAUCCGGGUGGGGAAGGUGUGGCCCUGCUGCUGAGGGAAAGAACUCAUCCCAAGUCCCUGAUGUCCCAGACUCGUCUUGCAGUCCGAAAAGCUCUUCAGGGCUCUUACCAGGUCAAGGCCAUCGACCAACUAGAUAUUCCACCUAUGUUGAUUAAUUACCUCAAGCACGAGGAGUAAGGCAAGUGGGCUGUGGCUGUCCUGGGAAAGCAGGAGCCCUGGGCACACAUACCCACAACCUAUCUACACCCUGAGAAAGAAUACUUGUCAUCUCCCUGAAGCUGGUUACAUUCACAUCACUUUUUCUAUCCCAAUAAAGGUAGACUCUAGAGUUGAUUUAUGCCCUUCUCCCCCUCUCCACCACCACUCCCACUACCAAGUGAAAAUCCUGCCCCUCUUUAGUUGAAAGCAAGGACUCCAAAAAUCCCCUUAGCAGAAGGUGCACAGGCCAUCCCCUCUUCAAGAUAGCUUAACUCCAGUUUGGUGAAUUAUUGCU